UAAUUCCCGGAGGGGCCUUUCGCACUGAGGGGAGUCAGAACGGCGCAAUAUUAUUUUCAGAUAUCAAGAGCACAGCAGUACCUCUGGAAUGUAAUAUUCCGUAGAGAGUUUUCCUAAUGAGGAUACAGCCUGGAAAUCCGAUAUACAGUACCGCGGGUGAACAGAAAUACCGAGGGGGCUACACAGAAAUAGCGCGCUGGGUUUGUAGCUGCCGCCUAAGUAGAGACAGAGAAGAGAUACCCUGGACAGCGCAACUCCUGUCUGAACUACCCGCCCGCAGCUGCCUGCUGUAAUAUCGGCACUCCCAAAUUCACACUGCAUAAAUAUGGACCAACUAGAGGCCUUUGACAAACAGUUAAACGAUUUUGUGGAUUAUUUAUUUGGACCAAGAGAUGCAAGAGUCAGAGGAUGGUUCAUGCUGGAUUCCUGUCUACCCACACUCUUGCUCACCCUAGUCUACCUGGUGAUAGUAUAUUUUGGAACACUGUAUAUGAAGAACAGACCUGCAUAUUCUUUGAAGGGAGUUUUAAUUGCAUAUAACUUUGCAGUCACUAUGUUGUCUCUGUACAUGCUUAUUGAGCUCAUUUUAGCAACGUGGCAAGGAGAAUACAACCUGCAGUGCCAGAACCUGAACAGCGCCGGCGGAGCCGACAUCAGGGUUGCCAAAGUGCUCUGGUGGUAUUACUUCUCCAAGCUGAUCGAGUUCCUGGACACCAUAUUUUUUGUGCUGCGGAAAAAGAACAGCCAGAUUUCGUUCCUCCACGUGUAUCACCAUGCCUCCAUGUUCAACAUCUGGUGGUGUGUUAUGAACUGGAUACCAUGCGGACAGAGUUUCUUUGGCCCGACCCUGAAUAGUUUCAUCCAUGUACUAAUGUAUUCCUACUACGGGCUCUCUACAAUCCCCUCUAUGCACAAGUACCUCUGGUGGAAGAAGUACCUCACUCAGGCUCAGCUGAUUCAGUUCCUCCUGACCAUCACACACACCCUAAGUGCCGCUGUGGUGCCAUGCGGGUUCCCCCUGGGAUGCUUGCUGUUCCAGUCUUCUUACAUGCUUACUCUGGUCAUCCUCUUUGUCAAUUUCUAUGUAAAGACAUACAAGAAGAAGACCUUCAGAGAUGAUGGCAAAUGCUCGCGAGAUCUGAAAGAUGGCAGGAAUGGUCUUGUCAAUGGCUAUUCUGCUGUUUUCAAUGGCACAAUUUCAACCAAGAAAAGCCAGUAGUGUGUGAAUACACUUUACAAGAUAGAGAGGGAGAUAAAGAGGUAUCAGCAUCUAAAGGUGCAAAAUCAGAUAACUCUGUAGUUUAAACUGGAGAUAAACUGUAUAUGUUGUUAUAUAGACUUAUUUGUACUUAAUUUUGUAUCAAGUGGUUUAUCUUGUUUUCUUAAUGCUUGUAACUGAUAAUGGAAACAGUGCAGGGUACUGCAUACAUAGGGCUCAAUUUUCUACAUUUCUUUACGUCUAUAUUUGGUAUUAAAGAAGUGCUUAAUUAUCAUUAAGGUAAUACAGUUUUACAUGAAAAAAACACUUCCCCAUCUCUGUACAUUGUUACAGUAUAUUAAACCUUUGAAAAAGGUCUUUGAAAAAAGUGCAGAAGCCAACCCUGUGUGUACAGUACAAAAUAUCACUUUGCUAGGACUUAAAUCAAAGCAAAACAAAAGAUGCCUUAGAAAUACACAGUAAACCUUCUACCUAAUGCAUUACAUUUUUGGGGUCUUUGAAUGCCUUAGUUUUUCCCAUAAAGAUGGCAUUUAACAUCUUAUUUUUAAAACUAUUUAAAAUAACUUUCUUAAUUUUUUUAAAAAAAAUCUAAAACUUUACUAGACUUUUUGCGAUAUUCAAACUAAAGGCAAAUUCAGAGACGAAUGAAUGUUCUGGGAGUCUUGUCUUCUGCAUAAAUAUAAAAAAAAAUAAAGCAAUUGAAAAAAAGUUUCAUU